GGCCUCCGGAGUCACGCCCACGAGAAGUGCUGCGCCCUCGCGGCAGUGUCGACAACCACCGGCAUUCGACAUGGGAGUGUGAGGCGAGACAGGCGUUCACCAGCGCUACAUCGUUUAAAUGGCUUUCCGAGGCCGUCACUUCACAUUUUCUGCGACUUAACGAGCUCGAGCGAGGAUUGACCUAACUGGUUUAACCUCUUAACGAUUAACGACUUGGAAUUUCGAAACCGAAUUUCAAGAUGGCGGGUGGGGAACUGCGUCGCAGCUACACGCAGAUGGACUUCUCCCUUAACAGAGUCAACAUUCGCCCUCAACUCCCCCACCUCUUCCACCAGCAACCGCCCCUCCAGGUGCGCGACCCAAGACGACGUUACAGCGCAAUGCCGGGCAAUGGCAAGGUGAAGCAUCCCACCCUGGACAUCUAUCGGCCGCCCAGUGAGUACAGCCCUGCCCUGCAACGAGGGUUCAGUGUUCGCCUGGAAGGCGCUCAGAACGGGAUGGCCGCCACUCAGAGGUCGCUCAAUGUCCAUGCCCCCGAGUUCACCAUGAACAAGAUCCAUUCCUCCAGAUCCACUUCAAACAUGAUGAUGAACGGAUAUGGUAUGAUGGGUCAUCAAGGAUAUGGUGGGAAAGCUCCCAUGAUGCAUCAGGGUAAGGCGGCACCACCGAUGAUGAAUCCCUUGCAAAUGUCCAAGUCCAGUGGGAAUGUGCUACAUGCCGUGCAGCCCCAGCCAGCUGCUGUGGUCCCCAACACCGUCCAGCAGAUGCAGCCCCGAGCAGUCCACUUCCAGGAGACUGUCAUGGCUGUUCAUGCACCACACAAGCCCUCCGGCUCCAGCUUGAAGAGGUCUAAGAGCCUCAGUGCCACAGACACUCUGAGGACUUCGCCUAUCAUGGGUAACUACUCAGACCUCGGUAGCUUCUCCGCCGAGGUCCAACAAGACAUUCAACAGGCCAUCAAGGACCCCAACGAGAUGUCGGCUCGCUCAUUGAUGACGCUCGCCAAGCUGAUUGUUGAGCGAGCGACGAGUGAUAGACGCUACGCUGAAUGUGCUGCGAAAAUUUGUAUUAGUAUCAUUGAAAAUGAGAAGAAAGAAACUUUCUUAGAAUCGCUGUUAAACACGUGUCAGCUCUCAUAUCAGGAGAGAGACAAGGUGUUGCGUUCUACAGCUACUGGAAGUCGGUGUACCGGCAGUACAUGACUUUCCUGAACGAAAUGUAUGUACAACUGAAAAGGAGCCAACUCCAAUUAAAAACUCAGUAUGAUGGUGUACCGCCACAAAUUAUGUUGUUGACUCUACUCUCAAAAUGUUUCAUUGACUGUCUGCAAGCCAAACCUCUCUCUAAAAUAGAGAUCGAGGCUAUAUUCUUCAUCCUCACGUCGAUCGGUAAAGAUUUGGAACACGACCUACCGAAAAUGAUGAGUCAAGUGUUUUUUCAACAUAAGGGACGUGUUCAUGACGCCAGCGUCGGCGGGCCCGAUCAAGAGCACCCUGUUGCAGCUGAUCGAGCUCCGAGCGUCCAAGUGGCAGAUGCCCGCAUCCGCUGUCAUGUACUAUUACCCGGGCUCGCGUUGACGCAGGACCUCCGGGUCCACCACACCGUUACCGUCUCUCGGUUGUACAAUACUUUCCACUACAACCCGAGACCUAUCUUUCUGUUGAAACUAACUCGUUUAGUUACUAGUCAACUGUUAAUAUUCAGAUGUUUAGGUGUUAAUAGAAUUUUUAUAUAACUAAUUAUUUAUAUGUAUAUAUUGUUCUCUGUUAAGCACAGCAACGUGCUUGUGUAAGACUGCUUAUUGGUUAGUUAGUAAGGUGACUAGCAAUAAAGGAGAUGAGUUUUAGUUUGUUUUUAAGAGGAUA